GUAGGUGGCGACGAGCGGGUUUGUUCCUGUGCAGUCACAGCACAGAAGAAGUGUGACAUCUGUAGGAGAGUGAUAUUUGCUAGAUUGUUUUGAAAUCUUAGGAAGACUCUAUUUAGACGAUUUUGUUAGUAACUAGCGGUCUUUUAAUUCUGUAUUCAGACCGACCGAGCGGCUACGAUGAGGAUUUAUCAUUCUUUACUCAAUGCUGCCAAGUUUAGGAAAGUGUUUGACUUUGGUGAGCGAGAGGUGGCGCAUUGGUUCCCUGGACAUAUGGCUAAAGGACUCAAGCAGAUGAGAGCCAGUCUAAGGAAGGUUGAUUGCAUUAUAGAGAUCCAUGAUGCUAGAAUACCCUUUUCUGGAAGAAAUCCCUCGUUUCAAGAGAGUCUUGAUGUCCGUCCACACAUACUUAUACUGAACAAGACAGAUCUGGCCGACACGUCAAAAAAGCAGAGUAUUCUGAAGCAGCUUGACAGAGAAGGUGUGAGGAAUGUUUUAUUUACAGACUGUUUAAGACAACGAGAUGAGAACGUAAAAAGGAUUGUUCCUCUUGUGACAGAGUUGAUAGAAACUGGGUCACGUUUUCAUAGAGAAGAGGACAGAAGUUACUGCCUGAUGGUCAUUGGUGUGCCAAAUGUGGGAAAAUCAUCACUGAUUAAUGCUGUAAGGAGAACAUAUUUGAAAAAAGGCAAAGCUUCAAAAGUAGGAGGUGAACCAGGAAUUACAAAAGCAGUCCUGACAAAAAUUCAGGUUUGUGAGAGACCCAUAAUUCAUUUACUGGACACCCCAGGGGUCCUGCCACCUAGAAUAGAGAACAUAGAGACAGGAAUGAAACUUGCUUUAUGUGGCACCAUUUUGGACCAUUUAGUCGGUGAGGAUGUCAUUGCAGAUUACCUGCUUUUUUCUCUGAACAGAUUGGAAAGAUUUAGUUACGUUGAAAAGUACAAUCUUGAAGAGCCUAGCGAUGAUAUUCAGCAUGUGUUGAAGUGUAUAGCAGUGAAGCUCGGCAAGACCAAGCGUGUGAAGGCCAUCACUGGAGUUGGCAACAUCACUGUCCAGUUACCAGACUACAGUGCAGCAGCCUAUGACUUCAUCAGAGCAUUUCGCAAAGGAGAACUUGGGAAAGUUAUGCUUGAUUAAUAGUGUUUAAAUGGCUUAUUUGCAUUUAUUGCAAAAAAAAAAAGCUUGACCUUAAUGUAUGUAUGUAUGUACAAGACUGGACACUGAGCACAUAAAUGAAGCACUUACUACUUUUAAUGUUUUAAUUAAAAGUUGGUGACCAGGGUGUUUGGUGCACAUCUCAUUUUUAUUGUGUACUUAUCAGAAAAGGUGCAUUGAAUGUAUUUUUUUUUUCUUUACUGCAAUUGAAGAUACAAUAAAAUAUUGAUUUGUGUUUAAACAGCAUUGGUAUCUUGUAUGUGAAAACCAAAUAGUUCAACCCAACAAUCAAAUGGCAGCACAAAACUACUAAGAACAAUUCAAUUAUCUACUUUCACAAAACUACGUCAUCUGUUUUUUCCUAAAUUAAUAUACGCGUAUUAAUGAAAUGUUUGGCAUGUAAUUGCUUUGAUGUUUAAAAGUAUAAUUUGUUAAAUAAAUCUAACAACAGCUGGCAAAGAGAGCUUGUGUGCUGUUUAUAUAUAUAUAUAUAUAUAUAUAUAUACAUACACACACACCUUUAAUUUCUUUGCGUUUUUAAACACUUGUGCACUUAAUACAUACUGCAUUCACUUUUUUUUUUGUGGGUUAUCAAAAAUCUCUACUAGAAAUACAAAAUUGUUUAAAUCCAUCAAAUUAUUUAUCAAUAAUUUAAAAAGAGGAUGUUUUCACACCCCAAGCAGUGGAAGUACAGGUACAGCUAGAAAUACUGUUUUCUUAUUCUAAAUGUGUUACAGCAUACCUCUUCAAUCUACUUACAAUUAUUAGUUAAAUGUGAACAUAAAUAUUAUUAAACAGACAAAGGUUCACGUAAAUCUCAAGAACAGUGGAGUUUCACCAACAGUGCAGCAGCACAACAUUAACACAGUAUUAUUGCCGUCCAGUACAUGAUGUAACCAGCAUAAUUUAAGUAGUCUAUAGUUGUAUAGAUACUAAUGCUUCUGUUGAAGCAAACUAACCUUUCAGAUCCUAUAUGUUUACUAAACUAAAUAAAGAGGUUUUAAAUCUU